GGACUUGUCAGGAUGGCAGCAGCUUCCACAGACUCGGGACAGCAGAGCUCCUCCAGAAUCACCCCCGAAGUGCUGCAGGAGAUGCUGCAGCUGUACAACCUGAGCCGCCAGGAGUUCAUCAGCACCUACAACAUCCAGCCGCUCGUCUACGUCCCGGAGUUACCGCCGUGCGCCAAGACCACCUUCGUCGUCAUGUACGCGGUGAUCUUCGUCCUGGCUCUGGCCGGGAACAGCCUGGUCAUCUACAUAGUUGUGAAGAAGAGAGCCAUCCAGACGGCCACGGAUAUUUUCAUCUGCUCCCUGGCUGUCAGCGACCUGCUCAUCACUUUCUUCUGCGUCCCCUUCACGCUGCUGCAGAACAUCUCCUCCGAGUGGUUCGGCGGGCUGGUAUGGAUUGCCUCAGUGGUGGUGGGUUCACCAAUGCUAUUUGUGCAACAGCUAGAGGUGAAGUACGACUUUCUGUACGACCAUUACCACGUGUGCUGUCAGGAGAGCUGGCGUUCCCUGACUUACAGGCAGGUGUACACCACCUUCAUCAUGGUGGCUCUUUUCCUGUUACCCUUGGCGGCCAUGCUGUUCCUCUACACACGCAUUGGCAUUGAGUUAUGGAUCCGCAAGAGGGUGGGCGACGCCUCGGUACUGAACACCAUGAACCACAGGGAGAUUGGUAAGAUUUCCAGGAAAAAGAAAAGAGCUGUUAAAAUGAUGGUUACCAUCGUCCUUCUAUUCACCGUUUGUUGGGCACCUUUCCACACGGUCCACAUGCUGUUUGAGUACAAUGACCUGGAGAAGAAAUAUGACGGAGUUACUCUAAACACGAUCAUCGCCAUCGUUCAGGCCAUCGGGUUCUUCAACAGCUUCAACAAUCCGAUUGUGUACGCGUUCAUGAAUGAAAACUUCAAAAAGAGCUGCGUCUCCGCCCUCUCCCAGUGCAUCCGUAAACCCAACCAGCAGGGUGUCGCCGCAGCGGUGCCGGGACUGAGCGUGCAGUUCAUCAAACCCAGAAGCAGAGAAGCCUUCCUGAAGCCACAUGAAGGCGACAGCUCGGAGCAGCACUCAGUGGAAAAGGGCGUUUCAAGCUCAUCUCACGGAGCGAGCUCCCUGGAAGUCAUGGGGGAGAAAAUCUCAACAAUCCAAACAGAGCUCCAUGCAAACAGUACCUCUCAAGGCAAAUAA